AUGCGUGAGAUCAUCACGCUGCAGCUUGGGCAGCAAAGCAACUAUGUCGCCACACAUUUCUGGAACACCCAGGAGUCCUAUUUCACAUACGGAGCGGACGAAGAGUCGCCAGUAGACCAUGACGUCCAUUUCAGGCCUGGCCUUGGCGCCGAUGGCACGGAGACGUAUAUGCCCAGGACAGUCAUAUAUGACCUAAAAGGCGGCUUUGGGACGUUGCGGCAGCUCAACGCUUUGUACGAUACAAAGGACGAUGCAUCAGCGGCAAGCUUGUGGUCCGGCCAAACAGCCAUACACAGACAGCAGCCCAUAGAAGCCAGCGCAUACCAACAGAGCCUCGAUACGGGGCAGACGCCCCCCGAGCUGACCACCAGCGCGGUGCGGUACUGGUCCGACUUCAACCGCGUCUUCUUCCACCCGCGCUCCAUCAUCCAGCUCAACGAGUACGAGCUGAACUCGUCGCUCAUGCCCUUUGAGAAGUGGCACAUGGGCGAGGAGCUCUUCGCUUCGCUCGACAAGGACCAUGACCUCGUGGACCGCGACCUGCGCCCAUUUGUCGAGGAGGCCGAUCAGAUGCAGGGCAUUCAGGUUAUGACUGGGCUAGACGAUGCGUGGGGUGGGUUUGCGGCCAAGUACAUGGAGCGGUUGAGGGACGAGUAUGGGAAGACGCCGCUAUGGGUGUUUGGCGUGCAAGAGCCUGUCAGGGGUCUACCGAGGGAGAAAAAGAUGUUGAAGCUCGUCAACAAGGCCCGAGCCCUAGCGGAACUAAACUCACAGGCAUCUCUCAUCGUGCCUCUCUCGUUACCCGAGAGUCCUCUGCCGUCGAGUAUCCGUCUCGACCCGUCAUCCCCUUGGCACGUGUCUGCCCUCUUCGCUGCGGCCAUUGAGAGCACAACACUAUAUACGCGGCUCAAGACGACUGACCGGCUGUACUCGAGCAACCUCGGCAACAUGACAGACCUCCUGAACGUGUUCGGAAAGCAGACCAUCGCGAACAUCGAGAUGAGCUCUGUCGGGAAACCGAAAUCUCAGCAAAACGGUGCCAACGGCGGUGGUCUUGCUCUGAACGGGCGAGGCGAACACAUAUCCAGUGCGUAUGACGACGUCCCCGAGGACGGGUCAGAAACCGGGUCACAGAAGGGCAUGUUGUCUCUAGACGUAGACUUGUCCUCGCCUCAAGACCUUAGCCUCGACCCCGGAAGGAGGAGAGGUCGCAAACGACACGUCUUCAGCCAGGUACAGACGUACAGAGGGCCAGAAGAUCCCGAGGAUAAACGAAAGGAGGAUGAAAACUCCAGGGAGGCGGGAUACGGCAUGCGGCGCAGAACGAAGGUCCACGACUACCGCUCCACGGUCCCCUUCCCCAUCAUCGACAGCUACCCCAAGAUCUUCCGGGACGUGCGCCGGAGCACCACCGACGCCGACGACGAAGACGAUGACAAGCCGCCGCGCGAAUUCCUGCCGAUGCGCACGGCGCUGUCGACCGACACGUCGGUCAUGAACAAGGUCAAGGCGCUGCGCACCGCCGUGGUGCGGUCGAUCGGGCUCGAGGAUCGCGAGACGGUGGGCAACGAGCUGGCCGAGAUCGCCGAGGGCUACCGCGAGGGCUGGGAUAGUGGCAGUGAUGAGGAUGAUGAUUAG